CUUCCAUGCUGCCCGGAGAAUGAUGCAGUGUAUAGUCCACUCUAGCUGGGCGCGGCCGUCAUGCAUGAUCCCCGCUUUUGUGCGCCUCCCUGGAUCCUCAUCUUCAGUGCCGCUAGCAUGAGGCUAUUUCCGAUUUAAAGAAUGACGCGAAGAUUACCUUCACAUGUCCCAAUUAUGCUACAAUCUUGCAAUGUACAAGACGCAAUAUGCGGAUCCACCGCACUGGCUGUCUGUCAUACUCAACGAAAACACGUCGCCUUCCCUGUGUACUUCGAGUUCCCCACGCAUAUAAGACUGGUCCGACCCGUCCUUUCACGGCUUUGUAGUGAGACAUUGUACUGUUAUUUUUAAAGGGCUAUCUAGUUCUGGUACGAUGUGUAGCCCUCAAGAGGACGGCAAGGGACAAUUCCCGAACGCCUUUUCCCUCGGCCCAGAUCCAUAUCGUUCAGGUUCCUUCGUACAAAAUCAAGUAGCAAAUUUGCUGCAACCUCGCUUUCCAGACACCGUUGAUGGGGGCGUAGCCCUCCAUAUCGACAAGAGAUUCCUCACCGCCUACACACCACCUUCACCAAGACCAAGAUUCUGGCAGCUACCAGGACGUCCGCAGCGCUCAUCAGCCCCAAGGAGGUUUCCCCCGUCCACUCAUCAGCCGCCAGACACGCCUCCAAGCUGGCCCGAACCCGAACCCGCCCUUUACACCGCCGCGUCCAGCCCUGCGUUCAGCCUGCCAGUCAUCUGCCACGACCCUCCCUUUACCGGGAUGGAUCCGCGAGCGGAAUCGGAGGCAAUGUCCCCGUGGCAACCCCAGACCGGCACCCUUCGCGGGGGAGACGACGACGACCUCGCCGAUCUUGCCGCAACAGCAGCACCCGCCGGGUCGAGGCAAGACACAUUUGUAGCGUCGCAGGGAGACGCGAUGCUGCUAAAUGCCAUGGACCAUCAGCGGAGCUCGGCGGAGCAGUGGAUGGAGAUGUUGCAGCGGCCUGCCGGGGAUCGUGGGGAGCCAGUGGCUGCGCAAGAAGGGGGCGAAGAUUGGGUACUAGUGGACGGGCGCGACGCGUGUUUACAUGGACCUGUAGGUGGGACUUGUCCUCAUUGUGGGCGGACGCUUACUGCGGAGGACUGUGACGAGCUUGGUAUGGAUCAGGCGGGUAUGGAUACGUUGUGGAAAUAUGUUUACGGGGACGGCCCAGUGUGAACAACACUUAGGACAGUUUCAUGGAGAUGGGCCUAGUGCGAGUGGUGAGGGAGUGUAGAAGUUCAGGGAAAGGGGAGAACGGGAAGCUUGAAUCUACAUGUAAUUGAGUACCUAUAGAGGGGAGACGUUUCUAGGCUGAGUUCCAUGGCAGGGAGAUGCAACGCCUGCGCAAUGGUUCAGGUAGCAGGCAACGGAGCUGAACUGAACAUCAGUGAACUUACAGAGACUUCCUAUCAAUAUAUAAG